GGAGGGGCGCCGGAGGAGGAGGAGGAGGGCGGCCUGUUAACUAAUAGCGGUCGGCGAGCUGCUCGACCACGCCCCUCGCUUCCCAGCGGACCAAUCAGCGUGAAGUGAAGCGGCGUUGGGCGACUGGGAGGGCAGCCGAAGGGCGGCGGGUCGCGGAAGGACGCUGGAGCAGCCGCGGUUACUGGGACCCCAGAGCAGCCCGGGGCCCUCUCGCCUCUCCCCGCCGACAUGGCCGCCGUCGCGGGGCUCCGCGCCUCCUACCACCGGCUGCUUGACCGGAUCGAGCUCAAGCUGCCGCCGCGGCUGCGGCCCCUGUACAACCACCCGGCAGGUCCCAAAACAGUGUUUUUCUGGGCACCUGUUAUGAAAUGGGGUUUGGUAUGUGCUGGAAUGGCUGAUAUGACCAGACCAGCAGAAAAACUCAGCACAGCACAGUCUGCAGUGUUAACAGCAACAGGCCUUAUUUGGUCAAGAUAUUCUCUAGUUAUUAUUCCUAAAAACUGGGGUCUAUUUACCGUGAAUUUCUUUGUUGGCUGUGCUGGUGGUUCCCAGCUCUUUCGUAUCUGGAGGUACAAUCAAGAACUAAAAGCCAAGGAAAAAGAGCAGCUGCAGCAAAAAGAACCUUAAUGCUACUGGUCAUAUCUAGCUGUGCACAUAACUUCCAGUGGGACCUAGCUUGACCAGUUUUAAUCUUCUCGCAUUGAGAAGGAUGUGCUAAUUUUUCUAAAUGUCUAGAGAACAAAUGUAUUUCUUCAGAUGUAGGCAACAUGCAGUGUCUCUGUAAGUUUAAAUAAAAUAUAACCUUUUAAAUUAUA